AUGGAUUCGGACAGCCACGCUCUAAACGACAUCGACAUGCCCGAGUACCCAGCGCCUCAAGUGUACUCUAGUCGCCAUUUGGACCCAAGUAUCCUUGAGCUCGACGCCAACCAAGCCGUCGCACUUGGACUUCCGGCAGUGCCACUCCAACGCUUGCCAUUUGACGAUGAUUGCGGCGGCUCGAGAUGGGUAGAGAAAGAGGACUUUGAGAAUGCUCACCACCGUGACUUGUUCCGACUUCCAACGCUUAACGAAGCCAGUACGAAAUUGUCCACCUCGGCAGAACGUGAGGAAGACGUCAACGUUGACAAGGUCAUUGGCGAAACUCAGCAGCUUGGGACAGGCGCUCGCCAAGACUCAGUCUUCGAAAGGUACAAAAGGCGGCAGGAUUUUGACGAAGAUAGCGUGAUGAUGGGUCAACCUGAGAACAAUCAAGACACCGCCCGGGUCCGGAAACGCAUAAAGCGAGAUCAUCAACUCGCUAGUCCGACCACAGCCAAUUCUCUCUAUACUCAACAAGUCAAUCUCAAGUUAGAGGCUAAAGGAUCUCAGCAUGGCUCUCAAACCGACCCGAUCACGAUCGAGGACGAAGAAGACGCUCCUCAACCUACCCUAAACAUAUCUCAGUCAGAUCCAGACAUUAUCGACUCCGAACCCGACGAGGGCGAUGCCACUAGCACCAUCACCACCAACCCCUCUUCCUCCCGCGCCCCACCAGGCACCUGGACCACAGAACUCCGCAGCCUGAUCAACGAGCUCCGUCGUCCCAACGGCCCCUUCAACACCAACGGAAUCUCGUGCGCGAAGAUCAUCAAGGCCCUCUAUCCAAAUUUCACACUCUCUCACUUGUCUGAUCAAGAGCUUGCCAAGAGAGUCAAUGCGCAAUGGAAGGAAAGAGACUAUCCGAACAAAGCAGAUUGGGUUCGGAUUCGUGGAAUGCGGCAGCAAGAUGCGCAGCUGAGAGAUGAUCUUAGGGCCAGAGUCAGAGGGACGGGGAUUUUGAGUUGAAUUGAAUUGGAGGCGGGUAGAGGGGUGAUUUUGCUUUGAUUGUGCUUUGGAAUGCUUUUGAAAUGGCCUUAUUGAUAAGUACGAUAGAACUUAUCCAGCUACGCCUACGUAU